UAGUCAAAGUUUCAAAAAUAUUGGUUUUGGAACUACUCCUGAGAUGAAGAGAGUGAAUGUGAUAGUUGGUGAUAUCACAGAGUUUGAUAGAGCUGAUGUUAUCGUUAAUGCUGCUAAUGGCCAACUAGCUCAUGGUACUGGCAUAGCUGCUGAUAUUGUAAAGCAAGGUGGUCCAGCAAUCCAAGAAGAUUCAAGAAGGUAUAUUGAUAAAAAUGGAUUGCUUUCUGAUGGAAAAGCCAUUCUCUUUACAAGAGCUGGUAACCUACCUUAUAAGGCAAUAGUUCAUGCAGUGGGUCCAAGAUGGAAUAGAUUUGGAGAUAACUCAAGAGAAAAAGCAUUAUUAAAGAAGGCCGUUUGUCAAAGUCUUGAGAAAUCCAAGGGAUAUACCUCGAUAGCUAUUCCAGCAAUAAGCAGUGGUGUAUUUGGUUUCCCAGUUGAUGUGUGUGCUAAUACUAUUUUAAAAGCUAUUGUUGAGUUUAGUGGUGCUGACCAUGGCUCACAGCUUAAUGAUAUCAAUAUAGUUAUUUUUGAAGAUAACAUCAACGAGUUUUUAAAAGCAGCAGAGAGAGAAUUAAGAGGUUUCCAGUCUUAUAGUUCCACUCAAAACUCAAUGUCUUCCUCAUCAGCAGCAGCUCCUUCAAUUCAGACUACAUCAAAUCCUCUAGGGAACAGCAGUGCAUCCAGUACUGAAAAACGUCGCAAAAUUAGAGGAUCAUCCACACCAACCACAUUGACUGCUUCAACUGCAACACCAAGCAAAGUAUCUCAGACUACUCCAGCAGUAUUUGUACCUCCAGUUAAAAUUACAAAAGGAGAUAUUAUACAAUAUCAAGAAGAAGCAAUUGUCAACACUACUGACACUGAUCUUGGAUUUGGAGGAUAUGUGGCUAAAGAAAUAUUAAAAGAAGCUGGUUCUGGUCUGCAGCAAGAAUGUUCUGAGUUUAAGCGAGUUGCUGUUGGUAGUGUAACUGUUACUGGUGGACAUAAUCUGAAAUCAAAACAUGUUCUUCAUGUUGUAUUGCCUGGAUAUGAUGGACCUAGUGGAAAUGCUAAAACAGUAUUAAAACAAGUUGUAUACAAAUGUCUAGAAGAAUGUACUCGUCUUAAACUCAAGAGUUUGUCAAUGCCUUCUAUUGGGGCUGGUAAUCUGAAGUAUCCAAAUGAUGUUGUGGCUAGAGUAUUAAUGGAAGAAACAGCAUCAUUCUUUCAAAAGAAUCAAGGAAAGACUUCACUUCAGUUGGUUCACUUCGUCAUAUUUGAUCAGAAGAUUUAUGAUGAAUUUCAAUCCAUCUAUAAAAAUAUGAGCUCUCCUACCAGUACAAAUAUUGCUAAUCCUGUCAUGUUCCCUUCAAGAAAAGUUCAAGCUUCAAGUCAAUCAACAUGCUCUUUUCCUCUUCCCCAUGGUCUUAGUUUAGAGUUGCUACAAGGUGACAUAUCAGAUGAUGAUUCUGAUGCUAUUGUUAACACAACUCAAGAAAAUUUAAAACUAGUUGGUGGUGGUGUGUCAGGUGCGUUGCUAAAGAAAGGCGGGCAAGCAUUACAAAUUGCCUGUGACAGUGCUGUUGCUCAAGGUAAAACAGCAAAAGAGGGUAAGGUUGUUUUUACAAAAGCUACUGGUAGUCUAAAGUGUAAAGAAGUAUUUCACAUUGCUUUUCAUGGUGGGAGGAAUUUAAGCAAAACUGUCCUUUCAUGUUUAGAGCUAGCAGAAAAGAAAAGGUUUUCUUCAAUAUCCUUUCCAGCAAUUGGUACAGGAACUUUCAAUUGUUCAGCUACUCCUGUUUCGAAAAUAAUAGUUGAGGCACUACAAAAGUUUAUUUCUUCAAAACCAAAACAUGUCAGAGUUAUAUGAAUGAUUGUAUUUCAAGCUCAUGUUUAUAAAGAUUUUGUUGGUGCUUUCAAUACAAUUGGAGAUUCCAGUGGUGGUUUAAUGAGUUACAUAUACAAUGGUAUGAAAGUAGUGAAAUCUUUUUUUGCCACUAAUUAUAGCAGUGAUGAUGAAGAUCCUGAUAAGAUCGAAGCAGAACCUAUUAAAACUCCUCAUAUUGAAGAUGGAGAAUUUGAAGAUCAUGGAGAAGAUGAAGUUGUUGCAGCAAUGCUUGCAAAUCUUUCUUUGGAUUCAGAAGUGACACUUCACAUUUACGGUGAGACAGAGUCAAUGGUUGGAAGAGCAGAGAAGAAAUUACAGUCUACAAUCGCUACAACAUUUCAAACUGAGGAAAUUGCUGAUCCUAGUAUUGCUGCUUUUUCUGAUGAAACUGUACAUGAGCUUGAAUCAUUUGCAAGUGAUCACAAUGUUGAUAUUGAAAUUGAACGUGAUCCUGUACUUCAUUCAGUUAACCUUCGUGGAUUUAUUCAAGAUGUUAUUCUUAUUAAAGAUAAAGUUCGUGAUGCAAUGUCUUCUAUAACUCAGGAGCAAUCAAAGAAAGCUGCUGCUGCCUCAGUUUCUAAAAUUGUCUGUUGGAUAAGGAUUAAUUCAGAUGAAGAAGAAGAAGAGUAUGAUGAAAUGCAAAAUUAUGAAAUUGAGCAAGCCUUUCGAAAUAAUGAAACAAUUUUUGAAGCUACAGAUGAUGAUUUUUUAAUAAAUUUUGGCAGAAUGGAGGAAAGGGAUAAAAUAACUGAUAAAACUGCUAUUGUUAGACGUCUAGAUCUCACAAAAGCCAAAGAACAACCUGAUGACUGGGAUCCAAUGCCUCAGGACUCUCAAGGAAAAGAAAAGCGAUUUCAUUUUGUUACACUCCCAGCUACUGGUCCUGAAUACAAAACUGCUGAGACAGCUUUUAAUAAGACGAUGACUGGAAGCUAUACUCAGAUUCUUAGCAUUCAAAGGCUACAGAACCCGACCUUGUACAAGCAAUAUGCAGUGAGGAAGAAAGAAAUGGAAAAACACAAUCCUAAGGGUCAUCAAAAUGAACGACUGCUCUGGCAUGGUACCAGUCCUGAUACACUGGAUAAGAUUAACACACGUGGUUUUGAUCGUAACUUUGCAGGGAAAAAUGCUACAUAUUAUGGAAAAGGAGUGUAUUUUGCUCGUGAUGCAUCAUACUCUCAUGGUUACACAUCACCUGAUGCUAAUGGUGUUCGUCACAUGUACUAUACUCUUGUUCUUACUGGUGAAUUUACUCGUGGUGAUACUUCAAUGUUAGCUCCUCCUCCAAAGAAUCCUCAAGUUGAUCCUAAUGUUACUUUUGAUGCUACUGUUAAUAAUGUUGCUGAUCCAUCAAUUUUUGUAGUUUACCAAGAUGCUCAAAACUAUCCAGCAUAUAUGGUUAACUAUAAAUGAAUUUAUGAACUUAGACUGUGUGUUAGUUUAGGCCUGUAGCUUUAUUUUCUAUAAGUAUAAAUAUUAUUAUUU